CCGAAACUUGUCAGCUAGUAUACUAAUUCAACAUGACCACAAGCUUUGUCAUCGUUCUUAGAUUAACGUACGGGAUGUGGUGGAGGCUAGUUACUCCAUGUUGGAUAUCGGUCCCUACUUGCGCGGAUUAGUUGUAGCUGGGCAUUGCGUUCGUAAGAGAAAAUAGCAAGCACAAUGAAGUAUAAAUGGAGGCCUUGCCAAUUAUUCGUUUCAUUAUAUCCCACACAGUCGAGCCAGUACAGCACUCAACUCUCUUCUCAGCCCUCAAUCUACAGGGAAAUCCAAACUAUUCGCGAACAUGUCCAAAAUCAUCACUGUAUUCGGAGCCACAGGCAACCAGGGUGGUUCUGUCAUCGAGCAGCUCCUCAAGGACCCCGAACUUUCACAGGGGUUCAAGGUCCGUGGCAUUACACGCGAUACCUCAAAGCCUGUCGCCCAGGCGCUCGCCAAAGCUGGCGUCGAGGUGGUAGCAGCAGAUUUAAACUCAAAGGACAGUCUUCAAGCCGCAAUCAAGGGCUCUCACACUGUUUUCUUGGUCACCAACUACUGGGAAAGUGCCAGCUCUGAUACCGAAAUCACCCAGGGAAAGAACGUCGCAGAUGUGUCCAAAGAUGCUGGAGUGCAGCAUCUCAUCUUCUCGUCGCUUUUGAAUGUGACGAAGACAAGCAACGGUCGCCUCACCCAUGUGCCCCACUUUGAUAGCAAAGCGGAUGUUGAGCAGUACAUUCGCGAUAGCGGCGUGCCAGCCACUUUCUACUUACCUGGCUACUUCAUGAGCAAUCUCGAGACGAUGAUAAGGCCAGGCCAGGAUGGUGCGUUGACCUGGGCACUUCCCGUUGGAAAGGACGCAAGAUUCCCACUCAUUGACAUAAAGAGCGAUACUGGCAAAUUUGUGAAGUCCAUAAUCAAGAACCGCCAAUCCGUCCUUGGGGCUCGCAUCUUUGGAGCACGGGAUUAUUACACUCCAACCCAGAUUCUCGAUCAAUUGGCCAACGUGACGAGCAAGAAGACUCGCUUUUUGCAGGUGGACGAGAACACUUACAAGAGCUUCUUGCCAGAGUUCAUGGCUGAAGAACUGCUACAGAAUCAUUUAUUCAUUGAAAACCCGGGUUACUAUGGAGGAGAAGGGUUGGAGAAGAGUCAUGAGAUUCUUGACGAGAAGCUGGUGGGUCUGAAGGAGUUCCUGGAGAAGAGUUCUUUUGUCAAGGCUUAGGAUCAACAUUCCCCGAAAACGGCGACAAAGCAACAAUUUGUGAGCCCUAGCAGCUUAAGGAGGAAUGGCAAUGUAUCUCCUUACGAAAGAACAAGUGAAGUGAGCACUUGCCCAAGCAUAAGAUCCCUUUACUUUGGCGCUUGAAAGCAAUGUGACCAAUGUAUGGAAGCGAUCGGGAUUGUCUAUUCAAUGAUACCAAAUAGAAAUUACUGCCGCAACAUAGUGGGCAAAUUGAAGAACGAAG